AUGACAUUACCAAGCUUCAUGUUGGAAGGUGCCCGUGACUGGUCUUUCCUUUCUGAAGCACAAGCCCCUGGCGGCCCUACAAGCAGUUCUCCUGGGGUUACUUGUUCUGCUUCCUGUAUUGAAAGGAGAAGAGAAGCAGAUUAUUGGUUAGAAGGGCGCGUGAGAGGAGUAGCACCCUUCCAUUUCAGAACAUUCCUAGGAAUUUAUCACAAUUGGGACAACCAUAAGAAGAAUUAUCACAAACCACCGAAUAAUCUUCAGGAACUUGGGAUUGGUCGGUGGUGGGAAGGAAAAAACACGAAAAACAGGGAGAGUGAAAAUAAUGGCGAACACAAAAAAAAACAUGGAGUGAUUGCGAGCAAAAUUCGACCUAAAGCCAGAACGAUGAACUAUUCACCUACCACUGAAGACAGCAUCUACAAGGAAGAGUGCUCAACUACAAAAUUAGGGACUCCAACUUAG